UGAGUAUUAUACAAGGACAAACCACAACGGAGCUUACCUGUUCAAAAUGGGGGCUAUGUACUGCUGCAUUGGGGGAACACUGCUUGCCUUUGGCCUUCUCAGUUUCUUCUCUGGGGUUACUGCCUUCUUUCCAGUUUUCAGUUACAAGCCCUGGUACAUUGGGUGGAGUGUCAAAAUCGCCACUCCUAUCUGGAAUGGAGUUUUGGCCAUCAUUACUGGCACGUGUGUGCUGCUGGCGUACAGAGAACAGACCAAAAGAUCACUGUGGGAAGUUAGCUACACCUUUGCCAUCAUGUGUACCAUGUUCUCUCCAGUACAAUUUGCAAUCGCCAUUGCCUCCAUCUUGAUUGGCCCAUAUUGUUACUACGCAUUCGCUGGAGCCGUUGGAACCAAUUACCUUGGCUACGCUGUGGAGCUCCCUUUUCCCUAUGCCAAGUUUCAGAAUGUAUGUCAGGACCCCGUGUUCUAUCAGUGGUAUCACCUGGGCCUGCAGCUCCUAGACCUUGUCACCAGUGUCAUUAUCUUCUGCUUAUCCCUGACCUUUAUUAUCAGGCUGACAAUGAGGCUCCACCAAAAUGGCAAUUUAAAUAAAACAAGGCAUGGAUGGUAAACUGUACAUGUUGCCACUGAUGGUCCCGGUCAAAUAUGCCCCUGAAAAAAGAAGAACUGAAUAAAUCUAAUACCUGUAGUCCUGUGUUAUCUGAAGAAUUAGUAUAUAGUAUGUUGUUUAUUCAAGAUUUGUUGAACCUUCUGGAUGGGUGUAAGAAAUUAAAACAUGCACGUACAGUAUAUGUAUUUGAAAUAUUCUAUUUUCCUAGCACAUCUUAAUUAUAGAGGUUGCUUUUGAAAAAAAUGAAAAAUGUAUAGUACACUUUGAAUUUUUUAUUUUUUUUUAUCACGUUAUUUCUUGAUACUUAACAUAAGGCUUUUUUUAUGGUUGACAGUUACAAUGGGCAUUAGAAAAUCAUAGAUAUACAAUGGAGUCUACCAGAGGACCCCAGUUUGGGAACCAGUGUCCUGGAGUACUGUAAAUUAUUACAGUAUGAUAUGCUGUUCAUUGUGUAAUGCAUGUAAUUCAUCUUUUGUCAAUUUACAUUAGUUUUAUAUUUAACUGUUUAUAAAAUGUCCGUAUGAUUGUCUUCAAUAAAAGUUUAUAUGAA